GGCGCCUGGGGCAGCCCCUGGGACCAGACUGUGUUCUGCUCCAGCUCUCUCACACCGUUGCUCAGCACUGUCAUGCCCAUCCCGGGACUCUGGCUGCUUGGGGUGUUCUGGCUGCAGGGUGAGUAGCCCCAGGGAAGGGGUUCACAGGGGCCUCUGACCUGGGUGUGGGGCAUGUGCAUCUCAGAGCAGGAUGGAGUGUUGGCCUGGUCACCUGGCCUCCCUCUACCCUCUACUCUGGCCCUGCUCCAGGGUGGUCCUUGGGAAAGGUCACUUAGUGGGGAGGCCAAGGCUGGGGAGCAGGAGGAAACUUUAAAGGGAACUGUAAAUGGGAAGUCUGGCCCAGGGUGUCCUUUGAGCUCAUUCUUGAGUGCUAAGGGGGUUCCACCAGUGCCCGGGGCUCCUGGAUCUAUCUCUAGGGCCCAGGGGGCUCCCCACCUCCCCACAGGUACCUCCAGCCAGACCAAGAAGGGAGGACCAGGCAGUUGCUUGAAAUAUUCCUGCCCCCAGCUGGAAGGCCGGCUCUUCCAGCUCUCUUUGCUGCCUGUGGUCAGAAAGAGGGGCCCUUGAUAUUUUGGGGCAGGUAGUCUCUGAAACUCUGGACCUGCCCCUGCAGGCCCAGUCCUUGCUCUGUGUUAUUGGAUACAGGGGCCUUGGAUGGAGGCUGUCUUGGGGAGGCCCUACUGUUCCCAGUUGUGAGCUGAGAAGGUGUCAGCUCCAAAUGCCAUGUAGGAAGCACCUGCCUGGCCUGUGCAUGUCCUCCCUGGGGUCUGGAAACAGCCCUGUGUGGACAGGCUGGCCCACCUCUACCUGGCCAGCUGGUGCAGGGGUCCAAUGGUCUUUUGGGAGAUCUGGCCAUGGAGGCAAAAUCUCCAAACUGCUGGCAACUCCCCAGAAUCUGGGCCCCAAGGCCACCCGCACAGCCCCCUUAUGAAAGCUGACCCCCCACCACCACCCGCAGCCUUCACCCUAGGCUGCCCCCUGCCCCAUGUGGAGCAGUUUGAGGUGGUGCUGCCCCAGCGCCUGCCAGGACCCCGUGCCCGCCGAGACCUGUCUUCCCAAUUGGGCUUGUACCCAGAGACUGUGAGCUACCUGCUGGGUGCCCGAGGCCACAGCUUCACCUUGCACUUGCGGAAGAACAAGGACCUUCUAGGCUCCAGCUAUGCUGAGACCUACAGCAACAACGGUUCUGAGGUGACAGAGCAGCUGCACCUGCAGGAGCACUGCUUCUACCAGGGCCACGUGGAGGGGCAUCCAAGCUCAGCCGCCAGCCUCAGCACCUGUGCCGGCCUCAGGGGCUUCUUUCAGGCAGGCUCAGCUGUCCACCUGAUUGAGCCCCUGGACGGGGCUGAGGAGGCUGGGCCGCAUGCCCUAUACCUGGCUGAGCAUCUGCAGCAGGAGUCUGGGACCUGUGGAGUCAGUGACACCAGCCUCAACCACCUCUUGGGUCCCCGAGUCUCUGCAGCCUUCAGGCCUUGGCCCCGGAAUGGGCCGCUCCCCCGAGAGACCCGUUUCGUGGAGCUGUAUGUGGUCACAGACAGUGCAGAGUUCCAGAAGCUGGGGAGCAGAGAUGCCGUGCGCAGGCGGGUCCUGGAGGUGGUGAACCACGUGGACAAGCUUUAUCAGGAACUCAACUUCCGUGUGGUCCUUGUGGGCCUGGAGAUCUGGAACAAUGGAGACAAGUUCCAAGUCAGCCCCAACCCCGAGGUCACACUGGAGAAUUUCCUCACCUGGCGGGUACAGGAACUGGCAGGACGGCACCCCCAUGACAACGUGCAGCUCAUCACGGGUGUCGACUUCACUGGGACCACCGUGGGCCUGGCCAAGGUGUCUGCCAUGUGCUCCCACCAGUCAGGGGCUGUGAACCAGGACCACAGCCAGAGCCCUGUGGGUGUGGCCUCCACGAUGGCCCAUGAGAUGGGUCACAACCUGGGCAUGGACCACGAUGAGAAUGUCCAGGGCUGCUACUGCCCUGUGCCACGGGCAGGCGGCGGCUGCGUCAUGGCAGCCAGCAUUGGUUCCUCCUUCCCUCGGACAUUCAGUCACUGUAGCCAAGCUGACCUGGAGAUGUUUGUGGAGAAGCCACACACAGCCUGCCUGGCCAACACCCCUGACCUGGACCGGCUGGUGGGCGGCCCUGUGUGUGGGAACCGGUUUGUGGAGCACGGGGAGCAGUGUGACUGCGGCCCCCCCCAGGACUGUCACAACCGCUGCUGCAAUGCCACUACCUGCCAGCUGGCUGAGGGGGCAGAGUGUGCCCAGGGUGCCUGCUGCCAUGAGUGCAGGGUGAAGCCAGCUGCUGAGCCCUGCCGCCCCCAGAAGGAUGAGUGUGACCUUGAGGAGUUCUGUGAUGGCCUGCAGCCCACAUGCCCGGAAGAUGCCUUCCAAGAGAACGGCACGCCCUGUCAGGGGGGCUACUGCUACAAUGGCAGCUGCCCCACCCUGGCCCAGCGAUGCCAGGACUUUUGGGGGCCAGGUGCACGGGCCGCCGCAGAGACCUGCUUCUCCUACAGUGUCUUAGCAGGUUGCAGUUUGUGGGGCCCUCUUGGCAUGGAGAGGGUCAAGUGUGGUGUCCUGCUCUGCGAAGGGGGACGGCAGCCCCUGGAGCGAAGCACCUGCACCUUCAACCCCUCCUCAGUUGUGUGCCAAGCUCUUGCCACUGACAAUGGUGUUGCCUAUGAAAUGGUGCCUGAGGGCACCAAGUGUGGCCAGGAGAAGGUCUGCUGGGAAGGACGCUGCCAAGACCUCCGAGUUUACAGAUCCAGAAACUGCUCUGCUCAGUGCCAUGGCCACGGGGUGUGCAACCACAAGAAGGAAUGUCACUGUCACCGGGGCUGGGCCCCACCCUUCUGCACAGAGCUGCUGAGGGAUGUGCAGGCAGCAUCUGGGAGCCUCCUUGUCAGCGUGCUGGUGGUUUUUGGGGUCCUGGUGGUCAUGGCAGUCAUCCUGGCAGUUGUUAUCGUCCACCGCAAGUCACGGAACCAUGUCCAAAGGAGGGACAAGGCCCCCAAGACCACCUCCGGGCUUUUCAACCCUCUGUUCCGUGAGGGUGCAGGCAGCAAACCAGCACCCAGGCAGGGCCCCUCAGGGCUGGCCCCCACCUCCUGCCCCAGCCAGUCCCCCAGGCCCAAGCUUCCCUCGGCUGUGUCCAGCCCACCUUUCCCUCUUCCUGUCUACACCCAGCAGUCUCCAGAGCAGCUCAGACCUGUUGCACCCUCCAAGCCCCUCCUAGAGCUCAAGCCCAAGCAGGUGGUCAAGCCAACCUCUGCACCCCCGAUGCCCCCAGUCAAGCCUGGAGUUGGAGGAGCCAAGGCUGGUUUGAUGCAGGGGGUUGCUGGCCCAAAAGUCCCCCUGAAGCCCCCAGUUCAGAGGAGGUGAUGGGACCAGAGGUCCCACAGAACCAUGAGGGGGGUGCCUCUGUGUGCCUGACUGGAAGUUUGGAGACAUCACAAGGGAAGAGCUUUGCAAGCCCACAGGCAGAUCCUCUCUGCUCAAGACUCCAAAGUUGGACCCUCAGCUUCUGUCCUGACUUCAGGAGAGUCCAGCUCCUCACAGCAAGCCCCUUCUCACCUGCAUUGGCCACGCUUAGCGCCUACUUGUCUGCAGUUGCCAGGCUGGGGAUGAGUGUCAGCUGCUGUGUGUGAGUGUUGGUAGGUUGCCACUGGCCUCCACUGGCUCCUCAGUGUGUUCAGGAGACCAGGGCUCGUCCCCUCCAAGCUGCCUCUGCACCUGCUCUUAGGCCUGCUGGUGGUCCCAGGCACACGUGUGUGGGGGUCAUCACCAGAAAGACAUCUCUAGCUGAGAACCCUAUCCCAAGAUCAGGUUAUCUCUGAACACUUUUCCUCUAUAAAGAGGUGUCAGUGAGUCAAUUGUAUUUAUAGCCAGACUCCAAGUCCCUUCAUUUUUGGAGCCUGUUUCCCAUAAGAGUUCAGAAGGAAAAGCCCCACCCCAGGCAUGUGUACACAUGAGCGUACAUGUAUGAGUGUGUGUGUACAUUGUGUGUGCACACACGUACUCCUGUGCUUAAGCUCAGAGGUCCCUUUUAUUUAAAGGGCCGUGGAGAGAAGCAGCUGUCUUGUCUGGUUUCUAGUAACCUCAGGUGCACAUUCAUCAAGGCUGAAAACUUUUCUUAUAAUGAAAAAUUUGUGUUUUUCCAAUAAAUUAUUGACCAAGUUCUAAUGACUUUGUUAUU